AUGAUCGCUGCACCAGUGCAGACGCGGGUCGUCUACCAACCCACAGCACGCCCAGCUGUUUCACCUUAUGGCAGCUAUGCGGCAAUGCCCAGCUACCGGGCGGCCCCGGCUACAUACGGCUACGCUGUGGCUGCGCCCCACGCGCCCGUGACAGCAAAAACAUGCGGCGCCAUGUCCUUUGUGCCUAGCGCUGUGCCAAUGACCAGGUCCACCCUGAACGUGGGCGCCGCGAGCUCCCGAAGCCUGCUGCCUCCCACGGUGAAGACUGCGGCGCCUGCGCGCUUCGUGCCGCCGCAUGCGCCGCCCAUCCCCUCCGGUGUGGCCUCGCUGCAUGCGCCAGCCCUGUCCAGCGCGGCCUCGGUGCAUGCGCCGGCGACCGCCAGCUUGGCUCACACUGCUCGGUCGCCCGUCUUGGAGACUCGCACGACUUUUCCCGUCCGAUCCGCGAAAGCGGCACCGACCCCGUCCUUCGUCGCAGCUCCGAUGUCUCCGGAAGGGCACGACCCCCUAUCUUCCACCUGGGCUUCCACAUGGAACGCCAGCUUCCAGGGGCUGCCAAAGGUGAACAUGGCAUGCGUGACGCCCAGGCCACCCUCCUUUGUGCCCAUUCCGCGGGCUGCUUCCUUCGACGACCCCAGCGGUUUGUCCUCUCACCUGCCGGGACCUCCGCCGAAGAUGCCCAGCUCCACCACAACGGACGCCUCCACCACCGCCACCGAGACCUUUCCCAGGUCCCCGAAGUCGAGCCCGGCCAAGGAGGAGACUGCGCAACAGGUGGCCAUCGGGCGCCACAGCUUCUCCCUGACGGAGAUCAUCGGCCGGGGCGCCUUCGGCGUGGUGUGGCGCUCCCCGGAGAAGUCCAACUCCGCAGGGCUGGAGACGGCGGUCAAGGUGGUGGGCGCCAAGGAUGCCCCGGGGCUCAGCGCCGCCUGCUUCGAGGCAGAGCUGCUGCAGAGAUUUUGA